CGAGUCGAAGCCCUGGUUCGGGUUCAAGAUCCCUGCGGUGCCAGUUCUCUCGGGCAGAAAACCCCAAUCCCCCCAAAGCCCCAGUUCCGCCCCACCAUGGAUUCCAUCGGCGCCGACGAGAAGCGCAAGGGCAAGGCCCCUCUCCUGCAGGCGGACGACGUGGCUUCCGCGGCGGCGGCAAAGGCGGCGCCGGAGGAGGAGGAGGAGGCGGUGUCGAUGGCCGAAGCGAAGCGCUCGUCGUCUUCGGAGGUGAAGGAGCGGGAGGAGAAGCCGAUGCUGGUGCUGCUGGCGCAGGACGGCGUGGAAGUGCGUAUCUCGGAGCCGGCGGCGAGGAUGUCGCAGAUGCUCCGCCACAUGAUCGAGGACUGCUGCGCUGGCUACCGCAUCCCCACCCCCGACGUCUACUCCGACGUGCUCGAGAGGGUCGUCCAUUACUGCGAGAAGCACGGGCCGUACUACGAUCCUCAGGCCUCAGAGCGCGACCGGCACCCCUUCCCGCCCUUCCCCGUCGAGCUCACCCCUGCCGUCUCGUCCAUCAAGCGUCACGGCCUCAAGGCCUGGGACAAGGAGUUCAUCAACCUCGACAACUCCACCAUCUUCGAGAUCACGCUGGCAGCAAACUACCUGAACAUCCAGGACCUGCUGGACCUGUGCACCACAACGCUGGCGGACAAGAUGAGAGGGAAGACUCCGGAGGAGAUCCGCGAAAUCUUUGAGAUUGAGAACGACUACACACCACCGCAAGAGGCUGAAGUCAGGAGGGAGAACUCAUGGGCCUUCGAGGACUAACAGAUGCUUGCUAUUCUAGGUUGCAAAUACAAAUCAUUACCUUCAGGUCGGUUCAACGAGUCAACAUUGAGUAGGCAGUUCCGUCAAAAAAAACAUUGAGUAGGCAGAUAGAUAGACCCAUGAGUUGGUGAAGACAUUGUUGUGUACCACAAAGUUUUGGUGCAAAUUAUGGAUGCUUGGGUGGGUGAUUUUAAAGUGGUUGAAUUUGGAAGAACUUUAGUUGCAACUUGUGUUCAGUAAGUUGUUCGUACCAAUUUCACAUUUUUUUCAGUCAAGUUUUUUUGCUAGUUCAUAUACUGGAGAACUUAGCAUGCUAAUUGCAACAUAUUUGUUCGGAUGCAUUAUAAACAGUUGUAUUCGCAUGCUUGCCUUUACCUGCCUA